CACGGCCCCUCCCUCCCGCCGCCGCGCCGGGCGGAAGCGAGGCUCGCCGGGUGACGGCAAGAUGGCGGCCGCCAUGGUGUGGCUGCGGCGGGGCGCGUGGGGCUCGGCGCGGCGGUGCGGCCGGAGCUACAGCGGCGGCGUGCCGCUGACGCGCCCGCUGCCCGGCGCCCCCCAGCCCGUCUUCGCGGCGGCCGGCGGCCGGGAGCGCUUCGAGACGCGGGUGACGACGCUGGAGAACGGGCUGCGCGUCGCCUCGCAGAACAAGUUCGGGCAGUUCUGCACCCUGGGCCUUCUCGUGAAUUCGGGCUCCAGGCACGAAGCGAAGUACCUCAGCGGCAUUGCUCACUUCUUGGAGAAGCUGGCCUUUUCUUCCACAGCUCGGUUUGCUAGCAAAGAUGAAAUUCUGCUCACCUUGGAAAAGCACGGGGGCAUCUGUGACUGCCAGGCAUCGAGGGACACAAUAAUGUACGCCGUUUCUGCUGAUGCCAAAGGCCUGGACACGGUGGUCAAUCUGCUGGCUGAUGUAGUGCUACAGCCCAGGUUAUCAGAUGAAGAAAUUGAGAUGACUCGAAUGGCUAUACGAUUUGAGCUUGAAGAUUUGAAUAUGAGACCUGAUCCAGAGCCUCUACUCACAGAAAUGAUCCAUGCGGCAGCCUACAGGGAAAAUACAGUUGGACUGAACAGGUUCUGUCCAGUAGAAAACACUGACAAAAUUGAUCGGGAAGUCCUCCAUUCGUACCUGCGCAACUACUAUACGCCAGACAGGAUGGUGCUGGCUGGGGUGGGGAUUGAGCACGAGCAGCUAGUGGAGUGCGCCAAGAAGUAUCUGCUUGGAGUGGAGCCAGUGUGGGGUAGCGGAAAGACCAAGGAUGUUGACAGAUCUGUGGCUCAGUACACAGGAGGCAUUGUUAAGGUUGAAAAAGAUAUGUCAGAUGUGAGCCUGGGCCCUACUCCAAUCCCAGAGCUUACCCACAUCAUGAUCGGGCUAGAAAGCUGCUCAUUUUUAGAGGAAGAUUUCAUUCCCUUUGCAGUAUUAAACAUGAUGAUGGGAGGCGGCGGCUCUUUUUCAGCUGGAGGGCCUGGCAAGGGCAUGUUCACCCGACUGUAUCUCAACGUACUCAACAGGCACCACUGGAUGUAUAACGCAACCUCUUACCAUCACAGUUAUGAAGAUACAGGUCUCCUGUGUAUUCAUGCCAGUGCAGAUCCAAAACAGGUUCGAGAGAUGGUGGAAAUCAUUACAAGAGAAUUCAUUCUAAUGGCAGGAGCAGUGGGAGAGGUAGAGCUUGAGCGAGCAAAGACGCAACUGAAAUCCAUGCUCAUGAUGAACCUCGAGUCUCGGCCAGUUAUCUUUGAAGAUGUGGGAAGGCAAGUGUUGGCAACAAACACAAGGAAACUACCUCACGAGCUCUGCACGCUCAUCGGUGAUGUGAAAUCUGCUGACAUCAAGAGAGUGGUCACCAAGAUGCUUCGUAACAAACCAGCUGUGGCUGCACUGGGUGACUUAACAGAUUUGCCCACCUAUGAACACAUCCAGGCAGCACUUUCUAGUAAGGAUGGGCGGCUCCCUCGGAUGUAUCGGCUCUUUCGAUAAAUCCGUGCACACUGCAGAUGUCUACAACAGACUUGCUUUUUUAAACACUUGUUGGACUGUAACAUUGCUGCAACCCCCCCCACCCCAUACCUUUCCUGGCAUACCGUGCAAACAUGGGAUUAUGCUACAGCUGAACAAAACUGUUCUGGAAUAUUGGACUGUGAAGAGCUCAUUUUGUUGUGGUCUUAUAAACCAUCCUGGCUCUGGAUGAGUAUUUUUCAGCUUCUGAGUAGAUUUAUGGCAGAAGAUGGCUGUAUGCAGCCUUCUCUUGGCACUGGGGAGAACACAGCAAGCCAGAAUAUUUAUCAGUAGGUGGAAGCAUGUAUCUCAGAAGAAAUGUGUGUGUUACCACUUAAUCAUAUUGCAGGCCUUUCUGGUGGUAUAGGCAGGGCUGCCACUUUGGAGGCACCCAUGUGUGCAGCCCGCGCUUCCCUCCCCUGUGGCCACAGCACCCUUGCAGGGCAGGCACUUGGCCAUGGUGGUUGGCAACAGGCCACAUGGGAUUAAACCACAGGAGGCUUCAGGCUGGACUGCUCUGCUGAAGGCACAGACUGUUCACAUUAGCUCUCCUUCACAAGGCUGGUUACAAUCCACAUCUACCACAUUUGUUAGUUAAAACAUUGAUUUAGGUAAGUUCAGUUUAACGAGUCAGUUGGCCUCCAGUGAUGCACACUGUGAGCCUGCAGCCUUAUGUGGGCAUAGGAAGACUGAAAAUGCUGUUGAAGGGUUUGGCUUACAUGUGUGAAUUCAAAGAAUAUUUAAAGCUCUUAUCAAGGUGGACAAAUAUUUGGUCAGAAUGAAUUGGGAAAAAUAUUAGUUAUUAUCUCUGUGCGCUUAGGCAGCAAGUUUCCUGCAUUCUAGUUUUUUGUUAGAAGAAUCAUGGAUAGUUUUGUCAGUGUAACUUAUCUUCUGUAAUACUCUUUGAAAUCAUAUGUUUGGAAAAUAGCUUGAUAAUUUAGCUAGAAAGAACUCAAAGGAAAGUAGACCUAAAGCAUAUAUAGUUUCUGGGAAAUCCAUAUAUGGAGAUAGUUUGCAUAACUCUAUGUGGACAUUUAUUGUAGAAUGAAAGCAAUCCUAUUCUUUAGAUUAUUUCACUUGCAAGUGGAUUAUGCUAAAGAAUAAAGUGCUUUUACUCCAGAAUUGGUAUCCAAACAAGAAUUUGCUAAAGGAGCUGCUGCUGCCCCUUAAAUUCAUACUCUACUGUCUUCAAGUUGUUAUUCAGAUGAAUUUAAGGCCUUGUAAACAAAAGAUGCAACUGUCAGUCUCACAGCAAAGAUGGAGCUAAGUUAGGAGUCAACAAAGUGAGGAGGGAAAGAUCAUGAUCUUUAAAGUGAUUGACUCUUGUGAAAAAACAGGAUGCUAUCACAUUACAGAAAGAGACAUGAAGCUAAGUGAAACACAUUUGACAUACUGGAGAAACUGUGGCCCAUAAGAGAGGAGGCAAGAUUUGAUUUACAUAAUCCCCUACCAUACAGGCUUAAAGAUGUAGACUGCUGCCUUGCAGCAUUUCACUGGCUUGGUAUGUAUUUUAAGGAGCAAUAAAACUGGGAGCAGAACACUAUGAGGCAGCUACUGUCUGCUUUAUCCCUGUAACUUCUCUCAUGCAACUGGAAGAGAAGAUGUUGCAUUGCUUCUUAUGAAACCCACAGUAUGGAAGUCUGUAUAUGCCUCUGUCCUAUUCAGUUGUUGUGUAUGUUUGUAAAGAAAAUAAAGAGACUUUUAAAUGACUAGA